AUGGAUCAAGUAAUGACAUUCAAGUAUAUAUUUCCCUCCAAGAGAGUUAUAAACAAGAUUUUAUUCCAGUUAGAUACGCCAUUGACGUCAAAGUAUCUACUGCCACUUUAUGAAGAUGUCUUCUUAGGACGAAGACCGUCAAGGAAAGUAUCUGGGGAUGUUUACUAUAUGAUGAGCGAGGUCCUAAGGAAAGUGAAAGAUAGAAACAGGUAUGAACCAAUGGAAUUGGCAAAACUUCGAAAGGAUCUGCUUUUCCUAUCUUCACUGAACGGUUGUAACGACGGAAUUGCCAAGCUUUGUUAUGAUAUUAUAAAGGAAGAUAAUGAAUCGACGGAUAACAAGACAAAAUCGAAGGAUUUACUCCUGCAAUUAGUAAAGCAUGGCCAUUUGCUCAGUUUUAAACUUGUUGGCGAUAUCUAUUUCUACAAGACACAAGAAUUUGAUGAGGCAAAGAGAUGGUAUUCCAAAUUUGUCGAGAACUAUAAGGAUCGAAUCUUUGAUAACGAAGUGUUGGGCAAUGCAGCGGAAAAUCUUGGCAUAAUUAGCUUCCAUGAUGGAGAUUUUGAACUUGCAGAGCGCAUAUUUUUGAAAGUCAUCAAAAUGGUUCCUAAGGCCCAGUGUGUUCGAUCAAUUUUUUAUUUGUCCCAAAUCUAUAUCAAAUAUGAUCCAUUGAAAUCUAAGAUUCUUCUGGAGAGCUGCUGCUCUGAGGGUUUCAAGGAAUCGUUUAAGGAGAUUGGGUAUUUGGAAAUGAGAUAUUUUGAAAAUUUUGAAAGGGCAAUGGAUUGGUUUAAAAUUGGUAUGGAAAGUUUUGAUAUAGAAUGUUUCUUUGGUUAUUUUGAUUGUUCUUAUAGAUUGCAAAAAUUUGAGCAGGCAUCACACUGCUAUAAGAGCAUGUUGAAACUUUCAAAUGCAAGUACCAAUUAUAAGAAUUUGUUUGAUCUUUUUGUGAAUAAUAGAAGAAGUGAAAUUAAACAACUCAUGACGAUGUAA